AUGAAGCAACGAUCGGCUCUUAAAGGCACAAAAGAUUCGGCAUCCGUAAAGAAGCGACAUCGUCGUGUCAAAUCAAAUCCCAAAACCAGUACUGCGGAUGGCUAUGAUUCCGAGGGUUACGAAUUCCAGUUGAUAUCAAUGGAUCGCCAAUGGCACUUUGAAGCAACUGGUCCCGAGGAGCGAGAUGAAUGGGUCAUGUACAUCGAACGUGCCAUUAUGACUCGACUGCAGUUGAACGAAUCCAAUAAGCGCACUCGACCGGGUGUUGGUAUGGGGUCCGGGAAUUCGUUUGCUGGAAGCGCAUCGAAUAUGGCUGGUGUUGGCAGUCGGUCGACCAGCGACAACAAUAGUCUGACCAGUGGUCGAUCGGGAGCCGGUGACACCAGUGAAAUGGCAGCGACAGAGCAGUUAGUUCAAAGCAUCCGUUCAGCUGCAGGCAAUGAUUUCUGUGCGGAUUGUGGAGCACCUGACCCUGAGUGGGCCAGUCUCAACCUGGGUACGAUGGUAUGCAUCAGUUGCAGUGGUAUUCAUCGACAGUUGGGCACACAUAUCUCCCGAAUUCGUUCUCUUCAUUUGGAUGAGUGGUCUUCAGAGUCCGUUGCGGUAAUGUGCGCCAUUGGAAACACCUUGGCAAACUCUGUUUGGGAGGCUGCGGUGCCGGUAAACGCUGGAAAUCGAAAAAAACCCGAACCGGCUAGCACACGCGAAGAGAAGGAGGCAUGGAUUCGUGCUAAAUACGAUCAUCAGGAGUUUCUUCCUCCGUUACCGUACCCAGACGCUCCGCUACAACAACAGUUGAUCGACGCAAUCGCACGUCAGGAUACUCGUCAAGUUGUUCUGUGUCUUGCCCUAGCCACACCGGACACUGUUAACGCACCCUAUUCGCGCCAAGACCCGCGCGCAGCCAUUCACAUAGCCGCAACUUUGGGUAACCUGGUUUAUCUACAGCUGUUACUCUGGUAUAACGGUGAUCCCACAGUAACUGAUCAUGAGGGUCGAAAUGCGUUCUACUAUGCUCAUUGUUCGCAAAAGUAUGAUUGUGCUGAAUUCUUGUUGCGCAGUGGAUGUCCGAAACAGCUGGUUCCACCCAAUCCAACUGGGUUAUCAGGUGGUCCGUCUGCGCCCGUCGUCCGAUCUGCUCAUCCUUCUCCUGUGCUUCCUCAACCACCACAGCAACCGUCACCCCACCAAACAGGAUCCGCUUUGCAAUCGCAACACUCCACUGUUCUGGACGUUCUAGGGUCCGCUCUUCCGGAUCCGUUUUUGCAACACACUCAUAAUAAUCCAAAUAACAGUGUUAAUCAGCCCCAUCACUUUUCUCAUUUGCAACAACAACAACAACAACAGCAACAACAACAACAGUCUUGUGCUAUUCUCAGUCUUCCCUCAUCUUUGAUCUCAGGCGUCCCAAGCCAAAUGAACACGUUCCUGGUCCCGCAGCCCCCAUCCCAACAAUCUCAACCUUUCGUGAACAUCCCAUUGCAUCCUUUGCCUUCAGAUGGACCUACAUCGACUCUCUCUGGUAUGGUGGGGAGCAAUUCCACAGGCCUCGUGUACCAUGGUUCGGCCAAUGCGAAUGUGCCCUCCAAUAGUGUAUCUUACGGUGCAUCAGUAAACCAAGCGAUCGGAGCAACUUUACCCCGGCGCCGUGCGCCUCCGUUAGCCCCACCUAUUCUUCAACCGUUCGCUAGGCCGAACGUGGCAUCGUCACAACCUCAACCUCCGAUCUCAACCGGAACACAUCGCCCACAUUCAGGUGCUGUUCUCCCCGAUCGUCCAACUGGGAGUUCCACACGGCCUGUGGUGUCCAGCACUCAUCAUCCACUGCCAUCCCACAUGCCUCCUGUGCUUGCCCGCCCUGGUCCAAAUGUAACAUCUAGCGCAUCGGGGCCUACCCAUCCUCUAGGUCAGAGUAAUCAAGAGGUUGGCCUCUAA